AUGUCAAAUUCUGCUGUCCAAAAUAAUCUGCCGUUUACGAACCGAGUCCAAGCCUACCUUGACCAGCAGCAGCAGCAGCAGCAGAACAAACACUUGAGUGACUAUCGAUACUGUGCGGAGAUACGGGAACUGGAUGUACCGCAACAGAUCGACAGUGCAAAGGAUGGUGAAAUGCUGAUAGCCACCAAGGAAGGUACUGUGAAGGGCAAACUAUGCGUCGGAGAAAAUCGAUACACCCUGUCGUUUGGAAAAGGUCCCGAUGAGCUGGCAUCGCUUCUGUCCGUUUUAAUCCGCUUCAGAGAGUUCAAGGUGGCCGUAUGCGGGGAUAUCAGAGAGAUGUUCCAUCAGAUUCUGAUGCGGUAUAUGGAUCAACACUGCCAACGCUUCUUCUGGUUAGAGGAAAACGAAAUAGAACCCAGCUUGUACAUCGUUCAGGUAAUGACCUUCGGAGCCUGCUGUUCACCGAGCAUCGCGCAACACGUCAAGAACACUAAUGCGAAGCGUUUUGAACAGGACCACCCGGAGGCAGUCGACGCCAUCAUCAAGCGACACUACGUCGAUGACAUGCUGGUAAGCACGGAAACGGAACAGGAAACUGUGAAACUGGCCCAAGAGGUGAAGGCAACGCUUAAAGGUGAAGCAACGGAGGAGAAAAACCUGAACAUCGGUGAAGAAGCUACAACGGAGAAGGUGCUAGGGAUGUGGUGGAACACCACGACAGAUCGUUACACUUACAAAGUAUCAUCCCGAUACGACCAAGCCUUGUUAACCGGAAGCCGUCGACCAACAAAGCGAGAAGUUCUUCGAAUGCUGAUGAUGGUCUACGAUCCGUUGGGAUUUAUCUCACAUCUGCUAAUGUUCCUGAAGGUGCUGCUGCAGGAGAUUUGGAGGACAACGAUCGGCUGGGAUGAUCCGAUCCAAGAUACGCAGUUCGAAAAAUGGCUGACAUGGUUGGCAGUGUUUCCAUACAUGAGUUCCGUCGAGGUUCCCCGAUGCUACCGAUCCUUGACAUCCGUUGAAGCAGAGAUUGAGAUGCAUACGUUCGUCGACGCCAGUGAGAAUGGGUUUGCAGCGGUCGUCUACCUUCGAUUCACUGAGGGAGACACGAUCGAAUGUGCCUUGGCGGGAGCUAAAACUAGGGUAGCUCCACUGAAGUUCCUGUCAAUCCCGCGAUCUGAGCUCCAAGCGGCUCUUCUUGGUGCGCGGCUUUCAGACACUAUACUGUCGUCUCUGUCCAUCAAGGUCUCGAAGCGGUUUUUCUGGACGGACUUCAAGGACGUGCUCUGCUGGCUAAGAUCUGACCAUCGGCGAUACAGCCAAUUUGUCGCCUUCCGGGUCAGCGAGAUCCUAGAGUCGACGGAGAUUAGUGAAUGGCGGUGGGUUCCAACGAAGCUGAACGUGGCCGAUGAUGGAACAAAGUGGGCACGAACUCCAGAUUUAUCUACAGACAGUCGCUGGUUCAGGGGGCCAGAAUUCCUUUGGCGAGAACAACAGGAGUGGCCUGUCUCACCAGGCUUCGGAAAAACUACCGACGAAGCACUGCGCCCACACUUGCUAUUCCACGAAUCAACAACAAUCCCAGUUAUCGAUCCACAAUACUUCUCUCGCUGGAGUCCUCUCCUUCGUCGCACAACGUACGUCCUCCGGUACGUUCACAACCUGAAGCAGUCCACCAGAAAGGAACAACGUGUCAAUGGACCGCUGACUCAACAGGAACUGGUAAGUGCGGAAAACUACUUGUUCCGCCUAGCACAUGCUUUCCUGGACGAAAACGGAGUUGCCCGAUUCCGAGGUCGAACGAAGGCGUGCGCAUUCGUCGAUCGUGAUGCUGCUGAACCCAUUAUUCUUCCUCGUCGUCAUCAAGUCACCCGACUAAUCAUAGCUGAGGCCCAUGAGCGGUUCAACCACCAGAACCACGCAACGAUUGUCAACGAGCUCCUGCAACGGUACCGCGUUCCUCGACUGAAAGCGACCUACAACGCUGUUCGGAAAGACUGUCAGCAGUGCAAGAAUGACCUAGCGAAACCACUUCCUCCGAUGAUGAGCGACCUUUCGCAGUCACGCCUGCAUGCAGUCAUCGCUCACACACUCACCACCGACUCCUGCGUUAUGGCAAUCCGAAACGUCAUGGCUAGGAGGGGAAUUCCUGCGGUGAUCUUCAGCGACCGUGGGACCAACUUUCAGGCUACCAGCAAGGAACUUAAGGCGGCAAUUGAGCUACGCGAUCAGGACAGACUGGCCAGCGAGUUCACUACGAGUCGUACCCAGUGGACUUUUAUUCCACCGGUUUCACCACACAUGGGGGGAGCAUGGGAACGGCUGAUCCUUAGCGUAAAGCAAAAUCUAGCUAAGGUGCAACCUAGCAGACUACCGACCGACGAAGUGUUGCAGAACGCGAUGGUGGAGGUUGAAAAUAUUGUCAACUCUCGACCAUUGACGGACCUUCCCGUAGACGACGACGAGUCGCCCGUGUUGACGCCCAACCACUUCUUGCUGGGGUCAGCCAACGGCCUUCGAUCAUAG